AUGACGCCGGACCCUGUCUGUGUGAGGGCAUCCACGACCAUUGAGGACGCUGCCAACCUGCUGCUGCGCAUGCGCAUUGGCAGGCUGCCGGUGGUGGAUGAUCAGAAACGACUGGUGGGCAUCAUCACGCGUGGAAACAUCAUCAAGGCCGCGUUGGAGGCCAGGCAAAGGAUGCAGAAUGAGUGA